AGACAUCCCCUUUAAUACCGGGAUUGGAAAAAAAUGGAGUCUCUCUGAAUUGUAUAUUAUUUAGUAGAGAGUCUGCAAAAAGAGAUCAGAAAUCCUCCGACUACUAAUAUCUUCGAUUCCCGAUAUCGAAUACAGUUAUAUACAAUUUAAACGGUGCAAAAGCGGGUUGGAUUUUAAUAAAAUCGGCCGUGUAUAUUUAUCAUAUUUUUAAAUUGAGGUCGAAGGGGGUAAAAAGUUCGUUUUUUUUAUAAUAAAACGGUGCUAGUACAUAUUUCCAAUAAUAUGUACAUCUAUAUAUAACCCAAAACCGUCGCUGUUUAACUUCGCGUUCUGAUUAAUUUAUUUAUUAGUGUGUGUUUUUUUUUUGUUUUUUUUUUCUUAAUGAAAGCGUGCUAAAAAAAAAAACCCAUCACUAACGCAUCGCUUGCAUGCGUGCACAAAUCCACAGUAAAUAAAUAUCUGUUUAUCUGCGUUUCAAACGGAGAUCUGCAAGCUCCUCUCGGGUCGCGAUGAUUUUAUUUCUAAGUCGAUGAGGGAGGGGGGUGCUGGGGUUCGACAAAGGGUCGAGAGGUCAAAAUAUCCGGCCGAACGUUAUACUGUUGUGAUAUUAUUAUUAUUAUUAUUACUACAAUAUAAAAUACAUAUUUUGCAUGGGUCUGAAUACGCAGGCUGAACAGUUAUUAUUUUAGAACCCUCGCUGAUCAAAUUGUUUGAUUAAUGCGUUUGUUUUAUGUGUAUGUGUGUAUAUAUUAACAUCUAUCUAAACAGCCGUAUUAACAAGAUUAAUACUAUAUUAUUAGGUUAUUAGGCUUAAAGUGCUGUUUUUCUUCUAUCAUUACGUUUAUUAUUAUUAUUAUUAUUAUUAUUAUUAUUAUUAUUUAUUUAUUUAUUUUUUUUUUUUUAAAUUUUUUUUUUCCUUCUUUGGGAUAAAAACGUAAAUUCCCACGCGUCUACAAAAUGGAUACAUCCUGGAGCAAUUUCCUGUUUCAGACUCAACCUACCCAGAGCCAAGGGGCGGAGCCUCUGCAAGUGGAGCUCCUCCCAGUACUGGAAAGCCCCACACAGGCUCCUCCCCCUGUCCAGAUAGCCCCGCCCCCGUCCACAGUCGACACGGCGGCUCUGAAGCAGGAGACUGACAGCGGGGUGGGGCCUGUUGCUGGGGGGCGGGCCCAGAAGCGCCCCAGGGGCGGAGUCAGCCACAUCUGCCCCACCUGCUCCAAACAGUUCAAGAAUGGCUACAAUCUGAGGCGACACCAGGCCGUUCACACCGGGGUGAGGAGAGAGGGGCGGGACAGCGGGGCCAGGGUGCCUGUCAGCCUCCUACAGCUGCCAGGAAGUGAGGUCACUGCCCCUGCCCCCCCGCAGCCCGAUGGCGCCAUCUCCGCGGCAACGGCGAGCCUCGGAGUCAACAUGGGCAUGAGUGUGAACCUGAGUGCCAAUAAUCAAGCAGGCAGCGGAGUGGGGAACACAAUACAGCCCCUGGACGCGUCUCUGUCUCUCUCUGCCCCGGUGUCAGUCCCUGUCUCUGUGUGUGCGAGGCGUGUGCGUAAGGACCACGCUUGUGACGCGUGUGGCAAGGCGUUCCGAGAUGUGUACCACCUGAACCGGCACAAGCUGUCCCACUCCGACGAGAAGCCCUUCGAGUGCCCGGUGUGCCAGCAGCGCUUCAAGAGGAAGGACCGCAUGAGCUACCACGUGAGAUCACACCAGGGAGGGGUGGAGAAACCGUACGUGUGCCCACACUGCAGCAAGGGAUUCUCCAGGCCAGAUCAUCUCAACAGUCAUGUUAGACAAGUGCACUCCACUGAGAGACCCUUCAAAUGCCAGACGUGCGAAUCUGCCUUCGCCACGAAGGACCGUCUCCGCGCUCACAUGAUCCGCCACGAGGAGAAGGUUCCGUGCCAUGUGUGCGGCAAGCUGCUGUCCGCCGCUUACAUCACUGAUCACAUGAGGGUGCACAGCCAAUCACAGAACCACGUGUGUGAGACCUGCAACCGAGGUCCAGGUGGCGCCUGCCCUCACUCAGCCAAUCAGAGCUCAGUGGGCGUGGCCCAGAGCACAGCGGUACCCAUGGGAACACAGCAGGCCCCUCCCCCUGCCACAACUUCCUCCCUUGGGCAAGCCUGGUGAAGUCGUUGUGCCAGUCCGGCGUGCGCCAGGAAUAGAAAACAUUUAGAAACACUAAAAGAAACGCCAUGAAUUUAACGACAAACCUUUCAACCGAACACACUGAGAGAGACUUCUAGUGGAAACGCUUGCCAUUGAAUUCACACUGAAGACACUGAGAGAGACUUCUA